AUGGAGCCGGUAGGCGGUGGCGGCGGCGACGGCUCCUCCUCCACAGAUCCGCGAAGCACCUACGUGCUGAGUAACCUUGCGGAGGUGGUGGAGCGUGUGUUUACCUUCCUGCCGGCCAAAGCGUUGCUUCGGGUAGCCGGAGUAUGCCGCCUGUGGAGGGAGUGUGUGCGCAGAGUGCUGCGGACCCAUCGCAACGUGACCUGGAUCUCCGCGGGUGUGGCGGAGGCGGGCCACCUGGAGGGACAUUGCUUGGUCCGCGUACUAGCUGAGGCGCUUGAGAAUGUUCGCAUCUUACCACAGACAGUUCUCUACAUGGCAGACUCUGAGACUUUCAUCAGCCUGGAAGAGUGCCGAGGCCAUAAAAGAGCGAGGAAGAGAACUACCAUGGAAACAGCAUGUGCCCUGGAGAAACUGUUCCCCAAGCAGUGCCAAAUCCUUGGGAUUGUGACCCCAGGAAUCGUAGUGACUCCAAUGGGAUCAGGUAGCAAUCGACCUCAGGAGAUAGAAAUUGGAGAAUCUGGUUUUGCCUUAUUAUUCCCUCAAAUUGAAGGAAUAAAAAUUCAGCCCUUUCAUUUUAUUAAGGACUCCAAGAAUUUAACACUCGAAAGACACAAACUUACUGAAGUGGGUCUCCUGGACAACCCUGAACUUCGUGUGGUCCUUGUCUUUGGCUAUAACUGCUGUAAGCUGGGAGCCAGUAACUACAUGCAUCGGGUGGUCAGCACUUUCAGCAAUAUGAAUAUCAUCUUGGCUGGAGGCCAGGUGGACAACUUGUCCUCGCUGACUUGUGAGAAGAACCCUCUGGAUGUUGAUGCCUCGGGUGUGGUUGGACUGUCAUUUAGUGGGCACCGAAUCCAGAGUGCCACAGUUCUCCUCAACGAGGAUGUAAACGAUGCCAAGACCGUCGAGGCUGCCAUGCAGCGCCUCAAAGCAGCCAACAUCCCUGAAGAGAACACCAUUGGCUUCAUGUUUGCGUGCGUUGGCCGAGGCUUUCAGUACUACAGAGCCAAGGGGAAUGUCGAAGCCGAUGCAUUUAGGAAGUUUUUCCCCAGUGUCCCCUUAUUUGGCUUCUUUGGAAAUGGGGAGAUUGGAUGUGACCGGAUCGUCACUGGGAACUUUAUACUGAGGAGAUGCAGUGAGGUGAAGGAAGAGGACCUGUUCCACAGCUACACGACCAUCAUGGCUCUCAUUCACCUGGGGACCACCAAAUGAGCUGCGGCUGCCAGGGGCUUUCACAGGAUGUAACUUUGGGGGUUUCUCUUUUUUUAGAAAAAUGGAAACUCGAGAUAAAAAUAUUUUAAACAAAACUAGCUAUGUGUGUUUUAUAGCUUUGAUGCUCUGAGAUCACUUGGGGAUGAUUUUUUAAUACACAGAUGAAGGACAACGUUGAUGCUGUGUGCAUACAAGUGAGGCUGGCUUUAGGGGCCAGCUAAGCCGAUGUGGCUCAACUGCACCAGCUGCUGGGGGCUUGAGGGAGGGCCGCCAGGAAGAUGGAGGUUAAGUAGUGGUUGAUGAACUUUUAGCAGAAUCAUGACUUAAUAGAGGAGAAAAUGAAAGAGUGAUUUGAGAAGGUGUAACAAAUAUUACUGACUUUUUACUUUUCUGAUAAAGAACUAUCUUUGAUUUGUUACUGUAUAAAGUUCUUUUUUGUGAAUUGGAGUUUUCAUAGUAAGGAGGCUGCAAGGGAACAGCCUUUAUCACAUAGUUCUGAAAAUCAUAUCACCAUAUUUUGGUUUUACACCAAUUAAAUAUACUUGAAAACCCA